UAGGUAAGCUGUGGUGUCGAUUUGCGAACAGUGAAUCGGAGGGUUGGGGUUAAAAGGGUUGAGGAAGGACAGUCUUUUCGUCUUAUUAUUAUCACCAAAACUACUUUACUCUCUGCUCUUUGCAUUUCUUCAUACACGCACGGUCUAUAGUUUUAUCUUUCUCAUCACCAGUCAGUCAGCCAGUCACCAAGCAUGUCCACCACCAGCGCAUCCCCCAUCGUCCUGAUCCUCGGCGCCGGGCCCAACAUCGGCAAACACGUCUCCCGCGCCUUCAUCGCCAAAGGCUACAAAGUAGCCCUGACCUCGCGGAGCAGCAAGCCAGAAGACAGCUCCAGCGCAUCGGCAGACCAAAUCCACAUCGCAAGCGACCUCUCCGACCCCAGCGCCGUCAGCAGCGUGUUUGAAAAGGUCAAGGGGGCGCUGGGGCUGCCGAGUGUGGUUGUGUACAACGCCGCCGCCGCGACCAUGAACGAGCCCAUGGACCCACUGUCUCUUCGUGUGCAAGACUUCGCGCGCGACCUCAGCAUCAACACGACUAGCGCCUUUGCCGCCGCGCAACAGGCCGCGCUCGCCUUCGCCCAGCUGCCCGCCUCCGCGUCGAAAACUUUCAUCUACACCGGCAACGCCCUGAACACGAUGACUCUCCCGCCGCUCAUGAGCCUAGGAGUGGGCAAGUCGGCGAUGGCGCAUGUGAUUCAAUCCGCUGUCGCAGCGUACAAAGAGAAAGGGUUCAAGUUUUAUUACGCGGACGAGAGGAAAGAGGAUGGUUCGCCGGUGUAUUCUAAUAUUAGCGGAGAGGCGGCUGCGGAGUGGUACGUUGAGCUCGCUGAGGGGAAGGAGCAGGGCCCUUGGCAGCAGACAUUCGUAAAGAGGAUAGGGUACAAAGACUUCCAAGCCGAAAAGUAG